CCGCAUAGGAGCAGAGCUGCUGUACCCGGGAUCCUCCGGUGAAAUCCCUCCGAGCAGCACGAGGGACGGACAGAGGAGGAAGCAGCGAGCCGCCGGUGUGAGGUCUCGUGUCGGUGUCGUUACUGUCCGGUGUGCACGACUCCCGGUGUCCGUUAGUCCAUCAGAUGCCUCAGUGUGAGGACUCAUCAACCUGCUGGGGAGCCACACACACACACACACACACACACACACACGGAUGGAGCUGAAACUCUGAGAAUCAAGACUGGAACGACAUCAGGACGGCACCAUCUGUCUGACAGGGCACUGAUGCUUUGAAGCUCCGGGCCACGUCUGUCUGGCUGUGAGGAAACUCCAGACACAUCGCUGCACUGAGAGGAGGCAGAGAGGAGGAGGUCGGGCACUUUGGGAUCUGAUCCAAUGACCUGCAGGAGGAGAGCAGCAGCGUAGAGGCUUGAUUAAAAUGGGGCUGCAGAUCUUCGUACCUGCUGACAGUGUGUCCGAGGGCGGCUCGCUCAGUCCGCAGCCAUGCCAGACGUAAAGCCUCCUCCACCAUGUGACUACCCCUCCACCUCCUCCGCCGCAGCCUCCGCCGGCUCUCCUGCUGGCUGCGCCUCCCCCCUCGACCUCAUCAUCGACAUGGAGCCCUGCAUCGCCGACCUCCCCCUGUCCCCUGACCCCCUAUCCACGUUCCCCCGACACAGACCCGGCGUCCCUCACUACCUGGGCCUCCAGGGGCCGCCCUUCCCGCUCAUGGCCCGGUGUAACAGCAGCACCCUGCUCACUAACCUGGGGCUGAGGUACUGCUCCAGCAGGCAGGGCCCUCUGGGGGCGGGGCCGAGUCAGGGGGUGGCCCCGGGCUCCUGCAGCCACACAGGAAACAACGUGAGCAGGCCUUACAGGAGCAUGGAGAACCUGACCUGGAACACUGUGGCAGACUCUGGCCUGUGUGCGUUCAGUGCUGCCCCCUACAGGACCAUGGACAGUGAGUUUAUUUUACGCUACACCUCCACCAGUCACUGGUAUGACGGGCCCCCAGAUGGAUCUGUGUUGGGGGCCCAUGGACUCGUACCCAACCAAGAGAGCCUGGCGUUUUACCCGCGUCACGGGCUGCCCAGGAAGGACCUCCCACUCUUCCCUCAGCUGCUUCUUCCAGGUGGUGUCGACGAAUGGGACGCGAGGAAGGGCCUCAGGGACAAACUCCGCCUCCAGAGUGCGAGGUCAUCAGUUGAGCCUCUGAAGCCCCUCCCUUUGCGGCCUCAGGUGACCCCAGGAGCUGCACCCAUUAAACGGGAGGGUGUGCAUCACCUGAAUUCAACAGUUGCUGGGACCAGGCCGCCGUGCACGAUGCGCAUCACCAGCCCAGAGGAGAUCAAGCAGGAGGUGCUGAGGCGCUUACAGCUCCGCCGGCAGAACAGCAGCCCCAACCUGGCUCUCCACAGCUCCCCGUCCAGCCCGAAGGUGGUGAAGGUGUCCUACACCACAGACAAUAUCGCAGGAAAUGGGAGUGGGACAGAUUCAGCAUCGGAGCGCCGCAGACCUCCUGUGGGACGCCUCCAUAUCCCUACGUUUGAGGAGUUUAAGAGGAUGAGGCAGAGGGAGGGAGAACAGAGCAGAGAGGCCACAGCGGGUUCUGUGGCGUCUGGAAAACGUGACGCUGAGGUGUCUGAAGAAAGAGGAACAUCAAACAGUGAAAUACCUCUGACUGAUCGGACUGUUCCUCAGUCGUCCUCUGGUGGAGGAAACAGAGAGCACUCAGAGGAGGAGGAGGGAGGAAUGAGCAGAGGGACCUCAGAGAGACCUCCCUGUGACACCACUGCAGGUCCCGUCUACACCUCCGUCACCAGCACAUACUCCCCCAUCCGCACAGGCCCGUCCCCACGUUCACCCCUGCAGCCUCUGGCCAGCUCAGCCCAGGAGAAAGCCCCCACUGCUGGAGGAGAUGAUGAUGAUGAUGGUGAUGGGAGCAGCAGGCGCAGGAGGAGCAGUCUGGAACCAGCUGGGUCGGUUCCCUUCCCGCCCAGCAGGGAGAACUGGGGCCGGCCCUCCAGCUGCUGCCCGGCGCUCCUGCUGGAGGGGACGGACCUGUCUCGCUACGGAGCCAAGAUCUACAAGAUGAAGGACGGCCUCAUCGGCUCGGCGCUGGACCUCAUCAAGAAGAGCUGCAGUGCAGAGAUCUCCGCCGAGGCCCCCGUCAGGCUGUCAGGUGACCGGGACGGAGGCUGUGACAUCACCGCCCCCUCGACCGACUGUCAGCCCUCCGCCGUUGCCAUGGCAACGUCGGCAACGGCCUGCGGAGCCGAGGCUGGCGACGAGACGCCUGCAGGAGGAGGAGGAGGAGGAAGAGAGGAAGCAGGAGAAUGUCACACCGGUCUGGGCUGCAGGCGCUCCAGCUCGGACGCAGCUUAUGAGCUGGCUGAGACGGUGAGGGCGCAGCGCGAGUGCCGUCUCCGGCCCCACUACAGCGACCCCAUGCCAGCCGACGCCUCCAAGCGCAAACAGCUGGAGAUGAAGAUCGCUGCAGCCGCCCGAUUCCACGGCCACCGCAGAGACCGCGACAGAGACCGAGACAGAGACAGUGCUCCAGCAGCGAUCCGUGGUCGAUCUGAGCCCCCUGGCGAGGAGCGCCAGGCCGGUCUGGGUGUGACCCGGUCCGGUCAGCACCGCUGGAGCACCAUCAGCAGCCUGAGUGUCGACAGCGGAGUGGUGGGCCUCAGCGAUGAGCGGGAAGAGGAGGACAGCGAGCCUCGCCGUUACCGCAGGAACCGAGGAGCCGAGGUGGAACGGGUGGACAGCGGCAUUGGCCCAGGUCUGUCUCGCACCUGGAAGAGACCGUCCGCCUCCCUCAGAGCCUGGGAGGCCCAGAGACCCUGUCCAGACUGCGGACUGAGGGACGGGGCCUCCAAAGAGCGAGGAGAGCGCAUGUGCGAACGUUGCUCCAAGCUGCGCACUGAGCGCAAGGAGGCCAUCCUGGAGUUUCUGAACACGGAGUCGAGCUACGGCGAGGACCUGCGCAUCAUCAAGGAGGAGUUCUACUGCCCCAUGCAGAGCGCCGGGCUGCUGACCGCCGAGCAGCUCACCGUGGUGUUCAGUAACGUUCAGGAGCUGAUCGACGUCAACGAUCGCUUCACUGAACACCUCCAGGACAACAUCGACCAGGCCUUUGACCAGGGAGACGAGGAUCUGCUCACGGUGUACAUAGGAGAGAUCUUUCUGGAGUUCGUCAACAUGCUGCCGGCCUUCCAGACCUACUGCCUGCAGCAGUCCACGUCUGUCAACUUGCUAAACACGCUGGAGAAGGAGAAAGAGCUGCUCAGAAUCUUCUUGGAUGUUUCCCAGAAUGACAACACGGCACUGCGUCGCAUGAACCUGCGCUCCUUCCUCAUGGCGCCCCUCCAGCGCGUCACUAAAUACCCGCUUCUAUUGAGCCGCAUCAUCAAGGUCACUCCCGAAUGUCACCCCGACUACGCGCGUCUCCGUGAGGCCAAGAGUCGUGUGGAAUCCCAUCUGGAGCACAUCAACAUGAAGACCAAACAGGAGGGCAAUGGCGUCACCUGGUCACUGCGUUCAUUCCGCCGUGACAGCCGCAAAAACCGCGAGGUCAUCAACAUUGAGAUGAGAGAGGUGUCGAUGAAGACGGUGGGCUGGGCCAGAGAGAACACGCGGUUUGUCAUGGAGGGGCCACUCCAGCUGUCCCAGCCGGCAGAUGGUCAGUGGGUGAAGAAGGGCAGCAAGGCCCUCAAGUUCCAAAAUGUCCAGAGUCUGCUGAUGGUGAGGACACUGCGGGCCGGGGAGGCCCCAGGACAGGACCCGGGGGCCCGGGGGGAACAGGGAGAAGGCGGUGGUGACGGCAUACGAGACGGAGUGCUGGUUCUAAUCAAAGACAAGAGCAGCGGGAAGUUCACCGUGCUCAGAGAGCCCAUCCGACUGGGCAACUGUGUGGUGUCCACAGACCCGGACUGCGAGGACACGUUUGAGGUGCUCGAUAUUCGGCGCGAGUCUUUUGUUUUCCGCGCCUCGGACAAAUCUCGCACCCAGCAGUGGUUCCAUCAGAUCAAGAGGUACGCUCGAGACCUGGGCACCUGGAGGAAAAGACGCAACGCUCUGCCCAACAUCAUGAUCAACACAAACCAGACCCGCUCGUGAGACUGACCGCUCCCCCUCCCCCGCCUGCCUUUCUCACACUGUAAAUAAUCUGAAUCCUCCGCAACUGACGACAAGAAGCAUUUCUGAGUGACGCCACUGUUAAAACAUGUCCCAUUAAAAAAACCUCUCUCAAGUCUGACAAGAGAAAGGUACGGCACUUUUCUUACAGAGCUAUGAGUGCGCCACACGUCAGAAAAUCACAUGCGAAGAUUUAAGUUGUUGAACGAAAAAAUCCUGGACAACCAAAAAACCUGGGCUGUGCUCGUCAGCCUUGAUUGUAAAGACUGUUUGCUCCUGGAGGAGGAGCAGAGCUGUGUGUUUUUUGAAAAGCAUGACUGAACCGACUGACUGCAACAAAAAGAACAAUUGUAAUGUCAUUUUUUUAUACCAGACAGUGGGGGUUUUGGUACGUGGAGGUGGAGACAUGGCGAGAGCUUCUGUUCAGUGGUUUCUGUUUGUUGUCACUGCCCUCUCCUGUCCGUGUGCCGCCCUCUACUGUCCGCCGGCAGCAGAGCAACUUUCACUGCCAGAGAUGCAGUUGAGCGAGAGCCUGUUUGACAGGCUGAGCAGACCUCCUGUAUCACUGUGUUUAAUCUACGUAACAGCAAUAAUCUCUGCCAGUUCCACAAUAAGUAGCUACUGUACGUGGUUUUGAUUUCCCAGGAUUCCUUUGGCCUUCAGGUGUUACUGAGUUUCAUGUGGCAGAAUCAACUCAAGUCUCAAAUCUGAUCGUGUUUGUCGGCAUCGUUAAAUCUUCCCUCCGUGAUCCCGACAUGAAGGAGUUCAGAUAAUCUUUGUGCCAUGAGAGCAGUUUGUGAGUUCAGUCUCCUUUAACUGUUUCCUGUCGACAUCAGGUAAAGUCAGACGCCACAGUUGUGCUGAGAACAGUUUUUCAACCUUGCGUUCAGGAGGGCCAUGAGACGGACAGCUCAAAAUUUGGCACUGUACGUUUCUGCCAACCGCGGAUACAUUAUUUUUGUAGUCCAUACGUUAAAACUUUACGUGUCAGCAACACUUUGGUGAAUGUGUGGUUACGUUUAGGCACAAAACCCAAUUGGUUCUGGUAGGGCUGCCCCUUCAUUAAUAUAGGCCUAUAUUUUAUCUCCAAGUGCACGUCACACACUGAGCGAGCCGCCUGUUAAUGAC